AUGGCGACUGUCACCCGUCAACCGUUUGCUCCCCUCGAUGGGAGCCGGCUGCAAAGCUUGACAAGCCUCAAGAACAGGCAGAAUGCUAUCUCUACUCCACUCUCCUCCAAACGCAAGGCUUCCGACGUUGCUGGUCUGGACGAUUCAGAAAACGUUGAUCCCAUCUUCUUUUCUAAGAGAUCUAAGGGAUCGGAGAGUCUGACCAAGGAUCUCUUCAAGCCCUCCCACUUCGUUCUCACCAAGGCUUCUUCGACCCCAACAGCGUUGCCCAGCAAAGAAGCACUCGCUUCGGUCACGAGUCCCGUCAGAGCUUCUUCCCCUCGGCCCCGGUCUAUCCUGAAUCCCAAGUCUCCCGCUGCCAGGCUCAACACCAAUGUUGCCAAGUCGUCUCCCCUCACAGCUCCUGCCGGUCGAUCCCCUACUCGUGGCAGCAAGCGCAUCGGCAUCCUCUCAAAUCGCAGGCGGACGGCGUCCCCCUUCACCCGUGUCAACCCACCAUCCUUUGGCCUAUCCCCGGCGCCAUUCUCACUCGACGCUGCUCUUCAGGGCACCGUUCCCAGCUAUGCCUCCAAAUCUCAGAGCUCAGCUUCCCUCUCGAACCUUCAGGAGUCGGAGCUGAAAUCCUCCUGGUUCUUUGAUAUCCACGAGGAUACGCCCGAGCAAGAAAUGACCAACCUUCUCCAGCAUAGCACCUGCGUCCUGGACAUCUCGUCCGACGAGGAGAGCGAACAAAAGGCACGACGGGACCGAGCCGAGGGUCGCGACAAGGAGAACAUCCCUCCUGCCGAUGACGUGAGCCAGACCUCGAGCCGUGCCAGGGCGCCAGCCGGCGAGAAUUGCAUGGACUUUGAGAAGCAGCGUGACGCCCUGGGCGAGCUCAACGUCGAGGAGUUCUACGCCGAGGGCUGCGACCAGUCAAGCAUCGUCAUCAUCCCCGCUGACGAGGAAGAUGACGCGGAACCCGUCGUCGUGCCCGCCGCUGUCGAGCCCCUUGUUGCCGCGGAGGAGAAAUUCGAGUUCUCUCCCGAGAUCAAGCUCGAUGCCUCGGCCACAGUCAGCCUUGACACUGCGGACAUCGAUGCGCUGAUGGGCAGCUCCGACGCCGCGCAGAAGGCCGCCGUGCUCGAGCCGAUGGAAGGCACCGGUGACAGCUUCGAGCUGUGGGAGAGCGGCAGCGCAAAGGACGAUGCCGAGGGAGGCGCCAGAUCGCCGUCCCCUGUGCCUGCAUCCCCUGCCUCAGACACCACAGAGAUCAUCGGUGUCGACUGCUGA